AUGAACACUUACCUAGGUUUGCUUGCCAUACUGCAGACUCUACAGUCCCUUGUUAGCGGGAAGCUCGUUUUGGACCUUUCUGAUCAAGCAUGGAGGCUCGAGAACUUGCCCCUUAAUAUCUCGGUUCCUGGGCAUAUACCAUCGCAGGUCCAUUUGGAUCUACACAAAGCUGGGGUGAUCGGAAAUCCUUACUACGGCCUUAAUGACUUCAGUUUGCGUUGGAUUGGACAGUCCGACUGGUCUUACAUUACGAAUUUGAAGAAUCUACUGCGACCAAAUGAAACCUUCAAUGCUGAAACCUUUAUCCUCUUUAAUGGUCUCGACACAUUUGCAAACAUUAGCUUCUGCGGUCAUCAUGUCGCUUCCACGAACAACCAAUUCCGCCAGUGGCGUUUCAACAUCACGGAGAUAUGGUCAAAAUGCCCCCAAGUAGAGUCCCCGAUGUUGGAGGUACACUUUCGAAGUGCCACCGAAAUGGCAACGGAACUAGCCGAAGCACCAGGAGCUGAAACAUGGCCCUUUGGCAUUGAAGGCUGGUUUGAGUAUCCCCAUCGAGCCUUUGUCCGCAAAGAGCAGUCCGACUUUGGGUGGGACUGGGGCCCAGCGUUUGCUCCCGCUGGUAUCUGGCAAAAGGCGUGGAUUGUACAGGUAUCUGAGGGCGAGCUGAUGAUUCCAAACUCCAUGUUGGAUAUUUACCGUGACGGACAACUAAACAAUCUACCUCCAAACCAAAACACUCACUGGGUCUUGAAUACAAGCAUCGAUUCACUUACAGGGAUUCCGGCCGAGGCCGAGUUGACAUACAGAAUAACCGAUUCAACGGGAAAGGUACACGAUAGCGGAUCCCUUUCCAACAUUACCAAUGGGCAGGAUGUGAUUUCGGGGGCAGUGAUAUUGGACCAGAGUAAGUACAAACUGUGGUGGCCUGCCGGCAUGGGAGACCAAAACCUGUACAACAUCACAAUCGACAUUGUCCACAAUAAAAGGAAGCUUGCUUCAGUCCAGAAGAGGAGUGGAUUUAGAACCAUCGUGUUGAAUCUCGAACCCAUUUCGGAGAAGCAGCGAUCGCAGGGCAUUGCGCCAGGAAACAACUGGCAUUUUGAGAUAAACGGUCGUGAGUUCUAUGCCAAAGGAAGCAAUUUUAUUCCUCCUGAUGCUUUCUGGCCACGUGUUACGGCAAGCCGCAUCUGCUCCCUCUUCGAGGCCAUAGUGGCCGGCAACCAAAACAUGCUGCGAGUUUGGGCGAGCGGCGCGUACUCACCCGACUUCAUGUAUGACCUUGCCGACGAAAUGGGCAUUUUGCUUUGGAGCGAAUUCGAGUUUGGCGAUGCCUUAUAUCCCGUCACUGCCGAUUUCUUAGAAAACUGCCGACAAGAAGCAGUAUAUCAGGUCCGAAGAGUCAACCAUCACCCAUCACUGGCAUUAUGGGCAGGGGGCAAUGAGCUUGAAAGCCUCGAACUCAAAGGGGUCAAGUCCCGAGCACCGGACCAAUACGACAAAUAUCUGGCCGAAUAUGAGACCCUGUUUCUGCGAACUCUCCUUCCUGCAGUAUAUGGCAAUAGUCGCAGCAUAACAUACAUACCGAGCAGCACCGAAAAUGGCUACCUCUCUAUCAACUUCUCCAACCCCAUUCCGAUUAUCCAGCGGUAUGAGAACUUGACAAAGGGGUCAAUAUACGGAGACACAGAUCACUAUAACUAUGACUCUCUGGAUGCCUUCAACUUGGAUACUUAUCCAGUUGGUCGGUUUGCUAAUGAAUUUGGGUACCACUCGAUGCCUAGCCUGUCCACUUGGAAGGAGGCCAUAUCAGACGAGGACUUGCAUUUCAAUAGCUCGACCAUCAUGCUACGCAAUCACCAUUACCCGGCAGGUGGUUUAAAUAUCUCUAACUACCACAACUCCAGUUUGGGGAUGGCGGAAAUGACACUAGCGGUUGAACGUUAUUACCCGGUGCCUCAAAAGACGAAUACGGUAGCUAAUUUUUCCGCCUGGUGUCAUUCCACUCAAAUCUUCCAAGCAGACUACUACAGGUCGCAAAUUCAAUUCUACCGUGUUGGGUCUGGACUUCCAGAACGCCAGUUGGGAUCCCUCUACUGGCAGCUCGAGGACAUCUGGCAGGCACCAACCUGGGCUGGCAUCGAGUACUCUGGUCGCUGGAAGGUUCUACACUAUGUAGCCAAGGAAAUUUACAGCUCGGUUAUUGUUGCGCCUCUGUUUAAUAGCACAACGGGAAUCCUCCAUGUCUAUGCUGUCAGUGACCUGUGGAGCAAGGUCUCUGGAACCCUGACUCUCAGCUGGGUUGCAUGGAAAGGGGAGAUUCUCAACUACACCCUACCUACUGAAGGCAAUGGAAUGUCACCCUCAGGGGGUUCCACAACGUUGCCAUUCAGCAUUGGACCUCUUAACAGCACCCUUGUGACAUCCAUUAAUAUGAGUAGCGUUUCCCAGGCCGAAAAUUACGACCCUAGGCUUGGCCUUUUGGUCGCGAACUUGUCAGCCACUGGGCAACCUAUCAACUCCAACGCAACCAAGACGUUUACACACACCAAUGCAUAUACACCAACUCCACUUUCGCAUGCUACUCUUGAGGAUCCUCAGCUUAGCGUGCAAUAUGAUGAAAAGAACAAUGUCUUUACGGUCUCGGCUAAGCGUGGUGUGAGUCAAUGGACUUGGCUCAGCGUGGCUGACUCUGAUUCAGACGUCAUUGUCAUUUUCGACGAAAAUGCCUUCAUUCUACUCAGGGGAGAAGUAAAGCAAGUCGGAUAUCAUGUUAUCAGUGGACAAAGCCAAGGGUGGCAGCACCGAGUAACCGUGGAGAGCAUAUACAAUAACACCCUGCGGUCAUAG